CUCCCCACUCAAAUAUUUAGGUAUUUUAAGAAAGUCUAAAAUUAAAUCUUCGAGUAUAAUUUACACUUGGAGCAAAAUCAUCUCAAAACCUUAAAAAAUCGAUUAUUUAGAAUGUACCAUAUCGAAAGUAAUGAUAUUUAUGGUCGUUUUUUAGUUGCAGCGAGAGAUUUGAAAGCCGGUGAAGUAAUUUUGGAAGAGAACCCAAUAAUUAUAGGUUCAGAAAUCGAAGGAAAACAUAUUUGCUUUAAAUGUGCGACAAUUUUAGAACGAAAUUUAUUAGUUUGUAAGAAAUGCGGUGCUGCUACAAUUUGUUCCCAUGAAUGUGAAGGUAUUUUCCAUCCUGAAGACGAAUGCGAGUCAUUAAAAAACUUUAAAAUAAAAACCGUAGACUUCUUAAACGUUCCACAAAUCAUAACAGUUUUACGAUGUUUACUAUUAAAAUCAUACAAAAGCGAAAUCUUCAACGAACUAAUGAUGUUGGAAAGUCACGAAAACGACAGAAAAGGAACCCCAAUUUGGAAUUUUUACAACGAAUCGAUCGUUAAAAUCAUUUUAAAUAAAUUUCAAACCAAUUCCAACCUAAACGGCGACAUAAUCCAAAAAAUUUGCGCUAUAUUUGACGUGAAUUGUUUCGAAUUAAGGGCGCCAAAUUUAAAAUUUUCGUCAAAUUGUUUUCAACAAACGAGUUAUUUACGCGGAUUAUACAUAAAAUCAUCGUUAAUGACGCACGAUUGUGUGGGAAAUACGCAUUUAUCGAUAGAUAACGCGUUCAAAAUGACGAUUCGAGCGAGUUUACCGAUUCAAAAAGGUGAAAAAAUUUAUUUUAAUUACGGAAAUUGUUUAAAACCAACUCACGAACGGCUUUUAAGGUUAGAAUCGGGGAAAUACUUUCGUUGUAAAUGUAAACGGUGUUCGGAUCCGACCGAAUUAAACACGAAUUUCUCUUCGGUUAAAUGUUUAAAAUGUAAAAUCGGGUUAAUAGUUCCAUUAAAUCCGCUAAAUGACGUUUUUAAUGACAUUUGGAAAUGUCAAAAUUGUCAAAAUGAAGUAAGAGGUGAAAUGAUUAAAACAAUUUUUAAUGUUUGUGAAGAAAAAAUUGAGGAAUUUAGGAAUGAAAUUAAUUUCGAUAAAUUUAAAAAAGGUGAAAAAUUAUUGAAAAAUUUUUUAACGUCGCUUUCAGAAAAUAAUUUUUUAAUCAUCGAAUUAAAACAAUUAUUGGUUUCUUUGAUCGAUGAGAACCAAAACGAUUUGAUGUUUAAAAAAAUUGAUUUUAUCGAAAACGUUUUGGAAGUUACAAAAGUUUUCGAGCCGGGUAUUUCGAGAUUACAAGCUUUGGGUUUGUAUCAACUGCAAAAGGAAAAGUUAAAUUUAUCCCGUAAAUUACUAGGUCUUGGGAAAUUAAACAAUUAUUUAAAACAUUUGUUAGACGUCGAAGAGGUUUUAGUGAAAUGUUUAGGAAUUUUAGUUUUUGAACCGAAAAAUAGUCCCGAAGGUGAACUGUUUAAAACCGCUGUUGUUGAAUUAAAAGAAUUAAGAAAAGAAAUUCAAAAAUUAAAGAUAUAAUAAAGUCAUUAUUAUGUUGAAUAAAAGUCAUCAUUACAUA